GAAGCAAGGUAGAAAUAGAAAUAAAUGUUUGUAAAUAGGGAGGUAGAAGGAAUAAAUGAAUUCACUCUCUUACCCAGCCACACACACUAUACUAUUUGUAUCCGUAUUCUUCAACCACAUGAUCUCCCUCCCUCUUCACUUUCCUCCCAAACAUACCAUCAACUCCUCCAUCAUCCGGAAUGGCAAGUCAUCAAUCAGAUAUAGAGGAAAAUCUUGAGAAAAGUGUCUAUAACUUCCCGGGUAGUACUUUUACGGACCAAGUGAACUGGGUUGCAAGUGGAAUUGUGCCCCCAGAAAUAGGAUAUCAAGGGGAAUGUUCGGCAUGUUGGGUCUGGAGCUCCGUAAAAGGAUUCGAUGCUGUUUCCGAAAUAUCAAAUCCUGAUGAAAUCCCGCCCAAAUAUUCCGUGCAAGAGGUUUUGAACAACGUUUUCCCCGGAGAAAAAGGUUGCCGCGGUGGUCCCACUCCCUGCGCUUUAGAACACCUAAAGUGGCAUGACAAAUUACCCAUUCCGGAUGAUGGAGGAGCUGAUGAUAUGUUUGGGAGGAAAGUGAAGAGGGAGGGAGAUCAUGUGGUUGAAGAAUACGAAUACAAAUAGUACAGUGUGUGUGGCUGGGUAAGAAAGUGAAUUCAUUUAUUCCUUCUACCUCCCUAUUUACAAACAUUUAUUUCUAUUUCUACCUUCCUUCUACUCACAUUUAUUUACCUAGUUACAUAUUUCCUUAUAUUGCAAAAAAAUGUACAUCCAAUUGAGCUUAACAUAAAUGUUUAUCUUACCC